AUGUUGGCCAUUUUCCACAAAGCUUUUGCUCAUCCACCUGAAGAGCUGAACAGUCCUGCAUCUCACAAAGGCUCCAAGAAGCCUAAGGUUCCUCAGGAGACUCUCAAAGAUUUCCUUGCCCACCAUCCUCACAACACUUGCUCUAUGAGCUUUGGUCAUGCUGCUGUGCUAGCUUAUGUCCGUCCUGAUCAACCUUUCUCUCUUAAUCAAAGGUUGUUUUGCGGGAUUGAUGACAUAUACUGUCUCUUCUUGGGGAGCUUGAACAAUUUGUCCCUACUCAUCAAGCAAUAUGGUUUGUCAAAGAACACCGAUGAGGCCAUGUUUGUGAUUGAAGCCUAUAAGACCCUCCGUGACAGGGGUCCAUACCCGGCAGAUCAAGUUGUCAAGGAACUUGAUGGCAGCUUUGCCUUUGUUGUGUAUGACAGCAAGGUUGGAAGUGUCUUUGCAGCUCUGGGUUCUGAUGGAGGAGUGAAGUUGUAUUGGGGCAUUGCAGCUGAUGGAUCUGUGGUAAUCUCUGAUGAUCUAGAAGUCAUAAAAGAGGGGUGUGCCAAAUCCUUUGCUCCCUUCCCCACGGGGUGUAUGUUUCACAGUGAAGGAGGCUUGAUGAGCUUUGAGCAUCCAAUGAACAAGUUGAAGGCAAUGCCAAGGGUGGACAGUGAAGGGGCCAUGUGUGGGGCCAACUUCAAAGUUGAUAAGUUUGCCAGAGUCAACAGCAUUCCCAGAGUGGGAAGUCAAUCCAAUUGGAUGGAAUGGGACCAACAUUAG